GGCCAGCGGACAACAACAUAUGAUAAACACUGGAGAACAUCCAGUUUUGCAUCUUUUUCUUGCCAAAAGGAACGUUAUUUUGCAUCCGAAUCUGAUUGAAGUUUGAUGGAGCUAAAGUAGGACAAGCAAAUUUUAUUCCCUAGAUCUCAAACUUUUCGAUGAUAAAAAGAGAGCCGAUUCCAAAGUCUACCUAGCCAAUGUUUUCUCCAAGGGUCCGCCAACGAGUUGCUGCUGAUCUAUCACGGUCAGGUCUUCGGACGGGUUUAGUUUUACGCUAUCUAUGUAACUCAAGAGCGAUGACAUCGAAAAGAGACCACCCAGAAGCCACAAGUCUGCCCGAAGCUUUCUCUGGCGCAAAGAGAGGGUCUUUUUUUCAACAGCCGCCGUUACUUCACAACCAAUUCACCACUGAUGCUCUGUUACUAUGUUACUUACAAAGAGUACUACCUCCGAAGGUGCUGCAGGAAAUCAGUCCAGAUCUUGAGCGCUUUGGUGAGAGAGUUGCUACUGAUGUGUACACCAUGGGCCGUGACUGUGAACUUAACCCUCCAUCACUCGACCAUUUUGAUGCCUGGGGAAGACGGAUUGAUCGAAUUAACACUUGCAGUGGGUGGAGUCAGCUACAUGAUGUAGCAGCUGAGGAAGGUCUCGUAGCAGUAGCUUAUGACAGAAAAUAUCAACAAUGGAGUCGUGUCUACCAAGCUGUUAAGCUAUAUCUGUUUUCGCCAUCAUCUGGUCUCUACUCCUGUCCACUUGCUAUGACAGAUGGAGCUGCAAAAACACUUGAGGAGAUCAGACCUAAUGGUGUUAUGCUUAAGACAGCAUACAAGCACUUGACAACCCGUAAUCCUGGACAUUUCUGGACGUCUGGACAAUGGAUGACAGAGCGACAGGGCGGCUCUGAUGUUGGAAAUGGUACACAGACAACAGCUGCUCCACAAUCUGAUGGCACAUUUAAACUUUAUGGGUACAAAUGGUUUAGUUCCGCCACAGAUGCUGAUAUGACACUCACCCUAGCAAGAAUACAGCAACCUGAUGGCUCUGUUAUACCUGGUUCUAGGGGAAUCACCAUGUUUUAUCUUGAAACAAGAAAGGAAGAUGGUACUCUGAACAAUAUUGAAGUGCAGCGUCUGAAAAACAAGCUGGGAACCAAACAACUGCCAACAGCAGAACUGUUGCUUGAUGGAUCAGUAGCUCAUCAGAUAACAGAGGAAGGGCGUGGUAUUGCUGGUAUUGCUAGCAUGCUCACUAUUACUCGCAUUCACAACAGCAUCUCUGCUGUUGCCGGUAUGAGAAGGAUUGUGUGCCUUGCUCAGGAUUAUGCCCUCAGGAGGAGGGUUUUUGGCAAGACUCUAGCUCAGCAUCCACUGCAUGUCCAAACCAUAGCCAAAUUGCAGGUGGAGUUGCGAGCAGCAUUUCUUCUGGUGAUGGAGGUUGUGAGACUGCUUGGUUUGGAAGAAUGCAGCAUGGCAACAGAGUGUGAUAAGCACCUGCUCAGACUACUGACACCAAUUGCCAAACUCUACACUGCAAAGCAGGCAAUUUAUGUGGCAUCUGAAGGGCUGGAGAGUUUUGGCGGUCAGGGGUACAUUGAAGACACUGGACUUCCAGGGCUUUUGAGGGAUGCUCAGGUCCUGCCAAUUUGGGAGGGCACCACCAACGUUCUUUCACUGGAUGUUCUUCGCUCCAUUGCAAAGAGUGACGGACAGGUUCUGCAUGCUUUCCAAGAGUCUGUGCACUCCAAGCUUAAAGCAGCAGACUCCCUGCCCUCUCUUCGGUCAUCGUGUGACGUCAUACGAAGUGCUGUCGAUGACGUCAUGUCUCCAAAGCAUAGUGACGUCAAACUUCAGCCUUUGGCCGCUAGGGACCUCGCCUUCAGCCUAGCUAGGAUUUAUAUGGCGGUAUUGAUGAUUGAGCAUGCGUCGUGGGAGAAAGCUGAAGCUCACGAUAUCGAGGCUUCAAAAAGAUGGUGUCAGCAGGAUCUUACUCCGCUGCUGACCAACCUACGUCACAACGCCUAUGAUGUCACCAGCGUGUCACAUGACUUGGCCCUUGUGAUGGGGGGACACCCCGAAUGCUCUAGUAAAUUAUAGUUUCUAUAGAUGAGCAUGCUCUUACACUCCAAAUGAGUUGAAUGGUGGGGACCGCCUUGGUUUUCUACAGAUUGUCUGUAUAAUCUAUAUUGCCUAUAAUCUGUUUGGCCAUGUCUUUUGUGGACACCAGCCAUUGUGUUGUUUCAGGCAUUUUAGAGGGGCAAAGGCCAUGUAGCAAAAGGUACAAGGACAUGCAGUCUACUCCGAGUCGUUCUUACGCGGGUUUCCUGUGGUUGAAGUAAUUUGUGACGUCACAGGAAGUCAUCUUCACCUGUUCUGUGGGUGAACUAUUUCCAGGCCCCAAGCCGUCUCACGUUUAAUCUCCGAACAUAGGAAACCCGUUAAGAACGCCUAUGACUAGGCUAAACUAAAAUACGGUGAAUUGCAAUUAUUACUAGUAUAAUACGCAAAUCAAAAGCAGUUUAAUGUUCUAACUUCCACCAUGUUUAUAGCACUUCAAACAAUUAGAUCAGUUCAAAGCUGUUCUUAUUUGAGAGAGCCCUUUUAAAGACAAUUAUAUCAACAAUUAUUAUCUUUUAAAAACAAUUAAAAUUGUUUUCACCGACAAUAUAUCUGUAAUAAAGCCAAUUUCUUGGA